UCUGCCUGCUUCGUCUUCCCCAUGGCCCUGGGUGUGUGGGCCUCCAGCACCGUGAUCUACCUCGGCUACACCUCGUGCAAGAAGAUGUUGCACCUCCGCUCGCCGGCGAAGCCAAGCAUCCGCCCGGCUUUUCUCUCUGGGUGCCUGUGGGCCGCCGGGUUCGCCUGCUUCGCAAAGUCGCUGGAUGACAUCCGCUAUACAGCCACGUACAUGCUCAGUGUCAUCGGUCCUGUGCUUGUGUCGCAGUUGAUCUCCGUCUUUGUCUUCAAAGAGAUCAAGGAGCGGGGGCAGUUGCGCUGGUUUGCCUGCUCAUGCUUUGUCCAGUUCGCCGGCAUGACUUGCAUCAUCCUGGGUACCUGA